UUACGCCAUUGUUUGAAAAUAAAACGCAUGUUCUGUAGAAUUUAUCGGACGCGUUCGCCACAUUCCUAAUUGUUUUCGGCUACAUGCGCUGUAGAAUUUGUCAGACGCAAAAUCAGCCCCAGUGCCACUACUGGUUAUACUUCUGCUGUGACUGUGUCCUCUUACGGCACGUGGGAAAAAUACGACACGGGGCCGAGGAUGCACUGUGCAUUCUGUAGUAGUAACCUAAAAGCGUUGCAUUAUGCAUAAUCAAUUUGCGAAAAACGUCCUUUGAACGUAGCGUAGCUUUCAGACAUUAAACAACGUUCCUUAACUCACGCCCGCCACUGCCAGAAUGGCAAUUAUGAAGGUACUGUUGCGGCCAAGCAUCGCGAGGUUUACGGGAGUCAGGCAUUUAAGCGUUAAACCAAAGUUCGGGUUACUUUUCGAUAUCGACGGUGUGAUAGUACGCGGGACGAAUGUGUUGCCGCCGGUGCCAGAGGCUUUCAAGCAGCUUCAAGGGAAAGACGGUAAAUUCCGUGUGCCAACGAUAUUCGUUACCAAUAGCGGGAACGCGUUGCGCAGCGAGAAAGCAGCAGAUUUGUCAAAAUGGAUAGGAAUGGAAGUGAAGGAAUCGCAAGUGGUCAUGGCUCACUCGCCGUUGAAGCUGUUCGAAAACUUUCACAACAAACAGGUGCUGAUAUCUGGUCAAGGUAGAAUCAAGGAGAUGGCUAAGGAGCUAGGCUUUCGGAAAACGAUCACCAUCGAGCAGCUAGUGAAGAAUUUCCCGUCGUUAGAUUAUGUAAAUAAAGAAAAGAGAAAUCCGAUAUGCGGACCCGUGGACCCGAACUUCCCUACGAUAGAAGGCAUCGUGCUGUUCAGCGAGCCGAUAUCCUGGGAGACUCCGCUGCAGUUAAUGGUAGAUCUUCUAAUGACCAACGGCAUGCCUUCUGGACUGCCCAACGAGAUUCCGUACCCACACAUUCCUAUCUUGGCGUGUAAUAUGGAUUUAAUGUGGGUGUCGGAGGCGCCGAUUCCUAGAUACGGCCACGGUGCCUUUUUAUUAUGCCUGGAAUCGUUGUACAAGAAGAUCACCGGGAAGGAUUUGAUAUAUUCAGCCCUAAUCGGGAAGCCUAGCGAAAUUACAUACUAUCAUGCGAACUAUGUGCUCCGUGAGCAUGCCAAAAGUAUUGGGAUAGAUCACAACGUCGACACCAUCUACGCUGUCGGAGACAACAUUAAUACUGAUGUACUCGGUGCUAAUUUGUACGACAAGUAUCUGUCGUACUGCACGAAGGAGGAAGUGUUAAAGUCCGACAAGUUGAAGAAGCUGCUCGGGAAGGACGUGAAACCACCGACAGCGAAAGCUUGUAUUAGUAUUUUAGUUGAAACCGGUGUUCACCACAAAGACUCGGAUUUUGUCCCGGAGCACAGUCCCAGGGACUUCCUGCCGGUCGACGAUAGCCUGUGCAAGCCCGCGUUCGUGGUGAAACACGUCGGCGAAGCUAUUAGUCUUGCAUUCAAAGAGGAGAAAUUCGUCUGAACUGAACGUACUCAUAAAAUAUACAUUUAGACACGGAGUGUUCAUAUCCUAGCGUCGAUUAAGGGUAAGAAACGAACAAUAGAAGAGAUCGAACAGAAUUUCUCUGAAUUAUCGAUGAGUCUGUUUCAUUAGCGAGCGUUGCUCUUCUCUGGAAAUAUGGGAGCAUAGGAGGUAACUGUGGGCACAUGCUAUUGUCUUAUCUAAUUUCUUCUCUUUGUUUUUUAUGUCUUUUGACAUUUUCAUCUGACGUUUCUCCAAAACAAAUUUAAAUCAUGUAUAUUUUAAAGUCGCGCGUCGCUUGAUUGGGAAAUUUUGAUUUUAUUUUAUUACUGCGAGUGAACAAUAUUUAUACUAUUCUAUAUUUUAUAUAUACUAUUGCAGCUAAUGCUGAUCUUUCAGUGUAUGCAUAUUUUCAUGUGUACAUUUAAUAUUUUUACUUGUAAUUUAUAGUUUACGAUUGUAACAUCUAGAAGAACUUUCGAACAAUGUGUACGUGCCAGGUACGUAAAAAGAAGCUGCGUUUUGGUAGGAUCAAUUAAUAAAACAAUUCAAAUGUCGUUUUAGCCGAGGAUAAUCAUAAUCUAGUAUCGCAGGUACGGUUAAUACGUUAUUUCGUUUAGCAUUCACUAAGAAAUGUAGAUAUACGAGAAUAGACCGAGCGCCCAAAUGAUUGAGAGGAAGAGAACGAAUGGGAGUUUCUUUUGAAAGAAAAACUCAUCCAGAGGACUUUCUUCUUUCUUAACAGAAAUACUUUGGACGUUCGAUCUAUGAACGAGAGUCGCUUCAUAUACUGGAAACUCUGUCUAGUCUCAUGAAACAGUUCACAUACCGGUAGCGACCUGUAAUUUUCCUCAGUGCGAUGCGAAGGACGUAGGAAAGUCAGCUGGUAUUUUACUAGAGCUUCUGUAUAUGUACUCUCAAUAUAUUAUGUAUUAUGCGAACCGCAAGACACACUGUAAACGCACAUCGUACGGGAGUACUUGGUCCAGCAGCUUACAGUCGACGCGAGUGGGUGUAGAAGUAAAGCAAGAAAAUUAAAAGAAAAAAAAUAAUAGUAAUAGGAAAAGUAUGGAUACGUUUGCUGAGACGAAGACUGACCACACACGUAGAAUCAAAUUGAUUGUUAACGGCCGCUUACUAGAGCUGGUCCAUGACUUAUUUUGUUAACGUUAGCGAGCUAACGGAAAGAGAGGGAGAUCGUUUUUUCUUAAUACUGAAUCCGACUAUUCAAGAUUCCCAAGAGGACGGAGUGGCAGCGGUCCGCGAAAGUUAGUGGCGCCGGUAGUUAACGAAGGGCAAUUACAUACACAGUUAAACGUACAGGAAAUGUAGAAUGUUGCGAGAUUUAUAGCAAUACAAAAUAUUUAUUAUUUUUUAGUUAAAAUAAUUAUUUUAUAGAAGCCUCGCCCGAAAGGGAGUGAAUUGGUAGUGACUGUUUCUAGCAAGUUUGUUCUCUAUUCCUUUACCCUACGAUAGCCAAAGGUCGAACAAUAUAGCUUCUAGUUUUCAACCCCGGGAAUCCUUUUUCUUUUUUGAAAGCGGUUUCAUGUACGCUUAUCACGCCCGGAGGCAUUAGUCGCGUGGAAUGCACGAGACGAGGAAUCAUUGUAAUAAUCAACAUCUACGGAACGAAUAUUGUAUGGUCUAGUCUAGUUAAAUGAAUUACGAAACGUUCAUUCAACUUACAGUUUCUUUAACACGACAGCGAAGUUAUACGUGCGUAUCUCCAAUUCGAAUUGAUCGAUCGGCUGUGAUUUAUUUCAAUUAAAAAUACCUGACCGAUAUUUCAGCGACUGUUUCAAAUCAUGUCCGUACAAUCCGUCGCGUCGCUUGAACGUGGAAUUUCAACAAAGGAAGAUCGAUGUUACCAUGAUUGUUUAAAUCGGACGAGAAUGAAACGUAGAUCAAUUCCGCUUUCGCCUAUCGUAACACGUUGUAUUUGUAGAAUCUAUAAUUGCAAUAAAAUAUACAAUAUAUUUUUUGUUAAA